CUAACCACUAACACAGUAGCAAGGAGUAGGAGUGAUGUCGGCCGUGUUGCAGUAUUUUUUUGUUAAAGUCAGAUAAAGACGUCGCAGCUGAGUGCAAAACUUGUCAUGCACAAGUUCCCCGUGGUGGCAAAGAUCCGGGGAAGUUUAAUACCACCAACCUCAUCGGGCAUUUGAAGAAGCAUCACAAAAAACAGCAUGAGGAUUUUCACAAGACCACGAAGAAACAACAAGGCUCUGGCUCCUUCAAACAACCGACGCUGUCCGAAGCAUUUGGAAAACGUGAUAAACUCCCACGGGAUGGCAAAAAGGCAUUAGCUAUAACAGAAAAGAUCGAUGACGAGCCCCUGUCAGUGUCUGAUCUUCAUCAGCUCACUUCAGCACAUACUCCACCAUGAAGCUGGUUCCAGUCCUCGUCUGUCUCCUGGCUCCUCAGCUCAUCAGCUGUUAUCCCUUACUGCCGUUGGACUGCAGUCAGAUCCAUAAAGAUACCAGCCGACCCAGCGGAGUGUACACCAUCUACCCCAUUGGAGCCACGUCUGCUGCCCAGGUGUACUGUGACAUGGACUCAGAGGGAGGAGGAUGGACGGUGUUCCAGAGGAGGAUGGAUGGCUCGGUGAACUUCUACAGACCCUGGGAUCAGUAUAAGAUGGGCUUUGGGAGCGCUGCUGGAGAGUACUGGCUCGGUCUUGAAAAUAUUUUCCAUCUGACUCGGAGGAGGAAGUUCGAGCUGCUGGUGGACAUGGAGGACUUUGAUGGAAACACGGCGUCUGCUCGUUACAUCUCCUUCUCCAUCGGCCCUGAGAAAUACGGAUACACCCUGCAUGUUUCUGGAUUCAAGGAUGGAGGCGCCGGAGACUCUCUGACCUAUCACAAUGGAAUGAAGUUCUCCACCUUUGACAAAGACCAGGACCCAUCGUCUGACAACUGUGCCAAAAAACACUUGGGGGCGUUCUGGUAUAAGAGCUGUCAUUUCACCAACCCAAAUGGUGUUUAUCGCUGGGGGGCCGAUGGCACCAUUUAUGCUGUAGGAGUGGAGUGGAUGAAAUGGAAAGGCUAUGACUACUCUCUGAAGAGCAUCAGCAUGAAGAUCCGUCCUGUUCAGUAGACCACCAGGACCAAUCAGCUGAUCAUCAACAUGAUCUCUUUAGAUGGUAAACACCAGCCUCUCUGAUCAUGUAGAAGGAGCUCCACAAGGAGACCAGAAGGUUUUCUAAAUCCAGUCUGGUUGAGCUCUGAACACCUGUUGGUUCUUACCUGAUGAGAAUAAAUGAGCAGAAACUGUC